AAGAAAAGAAAAAAAAGUCUUGGAGAACUUGAAGAAUCCCAACAUGGAAAUGAUGAUGACGAUAAUACUUCUAAGUUCAACAACCUUCAUUACCAUUCUCUUCUUCAUAAAACAGAUGACUAGAAAGAAAAGGAACACACCUCCGUCACCACCGAGACUUCCGUUGAUUGGAAACCUUCAUCAGCUUGGCCGCCACCCUCACCGAUCACUGUGCUCUCUCAGCAACCAUUACGGUCCUCUCAUGCUCCUUCACUUUGGUCGUGUCCCCGUUCUUGUAGUUUCUUCCGCACAUGUGGCUCGAGAAAUUUUGAAGACGCAUGACCGCAUUUUUGCUAGCCGUCCACAGUCAAAAAUCUUCGACAUGCUCUUUUAUGACGUGUGUGAUGUGGCCUUAGCACCUUAUGGAGAGUAUUGGAGGCAAAUGAAGAGUGUGUGCGUCCUCCAGCUCCUCAGCAACAAAAUGGUCAGGUCCUUUCGAAACGUGAGACAAGAAGAGAUCAGUCUGAUGAUGGAGAAGAUCCAUAAAUCAAGUUCUUUGCCUAUGAAUCUAAGCGAGCUAUUGGUGAGUUUAACUAGCGAUGUGAUAUCCAGAGUUGCUUUGGGAUGGAAAUACAGCAGUGAAACGGAUUUGAAGGAGUUAAUGAAAAGGCUCACGAGGCUACUGGGCGAGUUUAGUGUGGGAACUUAUGUACCGUGGCUUGCAUGGAUUGAUUGGAUCUGUGGUUUGGAUGGAAAGCUAAAAAAGACAGCCAAUGAUCUUGAUGAAUUCCUGGAGAGAGUUGUCAAAGAUCAUGUAGAUGGCGAUGGACAUAGGGCUGAUUUUGUGGAUGUGCUGCUGUCAGUUCAGAGAGAGAAGAGCACCGGGUUUGAAAUUGACUGGUUAAGCAUAAAGGCUAUGACAUAUUCAUCUAUGUUUUAGUUUAUAUCUGUAGCUCUUAUUUUGGUUUUCCCUUUUCAGGAUAUUGUUGUAGGUGGUACAGAUACAUCUUACGCGAUUAUGGAGUGGGCAAUGACAGAGCUUCUUCGUCACCCAGAGUGUAUGAACAGACUCCAAAAAGAAGUCCGUAAGAUUUGUAAAGGUAAAUCAAGUGUAUCAGAAGAAGACAUUCAAGACAUGAACUACUUAAAAGCUGUGAUCAAAGAGACAAUGAGGUUACAUCCUCCACUUCCAUUGAUGAUUCCUCACGAAUCAACACAAGAUGUUAGAUUAAGACACUACAACAUACCUACUGGUACACAGGUAAUGAUCAAUCUUUGGGCGAUCGGGAGAGAGGCUGCAACGUGGGGACCAGACGCGGAGGAGUUUAGACCGGAGAGACAUUUAGAUUCAUCUGUUGAUUUCCGGGGUCGGAAUUUUGAGCUGAUUCCAUUUGGAGCGGGAAGAAGGAUUUGCCCAGCAAUAUCAUUCGCUGUGGUCUUAAUUGAGGUGGCUUUGGCUAACUUAGUGCAUCAGUGUGAUUGGAGAUUACCAGUUGAAUGUACGGAAGAUCAUACCAGUGUUGCUGAAUCAACCGGUAUGGUAAUUCACCGCUUGUUUCCUCUUUACGCCAUUGCAUCAUCUACUACUUAAUGGAGGCAUUAUAUAUAAAUGGUUUAUUAUGUUUACGUGUACACAAACAAGUUUCCUCAUUUGUAAGUCUUACUCACAAAGAGAGCUUAAGGA